AUGCAUUGCUGCUUUUUGUUACGAGUUCUAAGUACUGAGCGGGUGGCGUACGCAGCGGCGCAGACGGGGUGCGCCCCGAAUUCUCAGGAGGACAGAUCCUACCGCAAAGUUGUGGCUGCCCUGGAUGCUUUCGCCAUCAACCUCUACCAGGACAUCAAAGGUGUGAAGCAUAGAGACGGGCAACGUGGUCGUGGAUCUGCUGAUCAUGACUGCGUAGCUGGCCCUGACGUAACGGGAGGUGCGUCGAGGCGGGCACGAGGCGGUGCCUCUGCUGAUCAUGUCUACAUAGCUGGUGCUAACGGUGUGUGCUGUAACUCUGUGAACGCAGGAGGCGCGGAGCGUCGGGCCGGGCAACGUAGUAGUGCCUCUGCUGAUCAUGUUUACAUAGUUGGUGCAGACGUAACGGCGUGUGCUGUAACUCUAUGUACGCAGAAGGCGCGGAGCGUCGGGGCGGGCAACGUACUAGUUCAUCUGCUGAUCAUGUCUACAUCGCUGGUGCUAACGGUGUGUGCUGUAACUCUGUGUACGCAGGAGGUGCGGAGCGAGGAGGCGGGCAACGUGGUGGUGUCUCCGCUCAGUGCGGCCGUAGUGCUUGCGCUGACGUGGAUUGGUGCCAACGGGCGAACGGCUCAACAGCUGGGCGACAUGCUGCAUCUGCCGCUAAGCCGGAGGAUUGUCGCGGAAGGAUUUCGCUUGGUCAUGGACACACUGCCCACAUCCAAUAAUCAGUCUGAUGGAGAAGCACUUCUGCAACUUGCAAACAGAAUAUACAUUCAGAAAGGUUUUGAUAUCAAUGAGACUUUCUCGGAGGUGGCAGUUGAAGACUUUAGAUCCGGAGUAGAAGCGCUGAACUUUGCAGAAUCUGAAAAUGCUCGCAACUUAAUCAACCAGUGGAUAGCAAAUAACACAAACGACAAAAUUUUGGACGCCAUUCCACCAGGUGUCAUUACCGCUGCCACUAGACUUAUACUGGUAAACACUGUUUUAUUCAGCGCAAUGUGGCUCCAUCAGUUUCCCAAAAGUGCUACAACCAACGAGACAUUCCAUCUUUCGGAGACCGAGCAAGACAACGUGUCCAUGAUGCAUGGAUCUUUCAAGUUGGAGUACAGCAAUUUGCCUGAAUUCAAUGCUGCAGCUUUGAAACUCCCUUACAGAAGUGCAGAUUCGGAGUCGUACAUGCUGAUUCUGCUGCCAAAUUCCGUGGACGGAUUGGAAUCCUUGGAAAGAAAUCUGGGGCAAUUGUACAUGCCUAGUGUGCAGUUUGCACAGAGGCAAGUGAACGUGCACCUUCCCUGUUUCUCUAUAGAGAAGAGGAUACCUAUCGACAAGUUAGUGCAGCAGCUAGGAAUCACAACAUUAUUCGGUGCUCAAGCUGAUCUCAGUGGAAUAUCGCAUGCAUCUUUAUCUGUGAGCAAUGUUAUGCAGAAAGCUUACAUCAGAGUUGAUGAAAAUGGAACUGAAGCUGCUGCGGCUACAGUUCUCACCGUUGGAGUAACCAGUGUAGUAAUAAAUGAUCCACCAAUUGAAUUCAAAGCAGAUCACCCAUUCUUGUAUCUCCUGAUGGUUGAUAAUAACAUUAUAUUUAUGGGUCGAGUGGUAAAUCCAAAUGAAUGAGAAGAGUUCGAGAGAUUCUGUAGAUGGAAAAUAAAAACGCGUGCAUUUUCUAUACCUUCC